GAUGGAGUGGGGACGAAGCGGAGACGGAGAUGGUGCGGGAGUGAGCUCGAGCUGGAGGAAAGGAAAUCAGCGGCGACGCUAUUGCGAAGGGGUGGUGGUGCUCGUCUCGUCUUCCUCCUCCUCCUCCUCCUUUGAGACUGUGCUUGCUUGCUUGCCUUCUCUGCCUCUGGAGGUCGUGAUCCUCUACCAUUGCACUUUCGGAAUUGUCUUCGUUAGCCAUGUCGGUCCGGCUCGCGGCUUCGUCACGUCCCGGUGCUAUUGCAUCCCGCCAUGACUACACUCACCAGCAUCAGAAUCCAGUGAAGGCCGUUGCUGAGAGCUCUCGAGUGAGCCCGCUGCACAACCGCCUUUCUUCUGUCGCAAUUCGCUCUGGAUCUUUUUUUGUACCUGUCGCUGUGGAGAAUGGACCCCGGCCUUGCAAGUGCUUGACAGGUAGUCGGUGUGGCUUGGAAUCGGAUUUGAAUGGAGAUUGUGUGGCACAGAGUCGGCGAAGGUUGUGGCGAGCACAAGCGUCGCAAUCCGGGACCGCCUUGAGGCCUGAAGUGGAGACGGUUGGAUUCAAUGACGGGAGUGCCACUCGGUUUGCGCCGCUGAUCAACGGGUGCUGGACUCUGGCUGGUGGCCAUGGCCGUGUCGUGGAGAGCGAGAUUAUCCAUGUGAUGGAAAUGUAUGCUCGGAGUGGACUGACGAGCUUCGAUACUGCGGAUAUCUAUGGGCCGAGUGAGAGCAUUCUUGGCGCCUUUCGGGAACAGUGGAUGAAUAAUAAACAGGAGAACGAUGGACUUCGAGACGUUCAGAUAUUCACGAAAUUCUGCCCCAACAUCUUUCGUAUGAAAAUGACUCCUCAAGUGGUCGAACAAUCAAUCAGGCGGUCCAUCGCAGCGUUGCGAGUACCAAAACUUGACCUCGUGCAAAUGCAUUGGUGGGACUACGACAUGCCUGGAAUGGUUGACGUUGCAAAGUCGCUUGCAGAAUUGAGGGAGAAAGGUCUAAUCACAAGCAUUGGCGUCACGAAUAUGAGCACAGAAGCGCUUUCUCAAAUCAUCGAUGCAGGGGUUCCAGUUGUUUGCAAUCAGGUACAAUUUUCUUUGCUGGAUCAACGACCACGAAUGGCGAUGCUUAAGUACUGUAAAGAGAGGGACAUUAAACUCUUCACUUACGGGACGCUUGCUGGGGGUUUACUAUCAAACCGAUAUCUAGAAGAAGGUAAGAAAGGCCUCUUUGGAAAAGUGAACUACACUACACCAGAUCUCAAUACGUCCAGCUUAAAAAUGUACUGGCGUGUUGUGCGAGAGGCUGGCGGAGAGGGCCAUUGGAGGAAGCUGCUGAGUACUUUGGGCGAAAUUGCUGCUUCAAAGGAGGUUAGCAUCGCUUCUGUUGCAUUAAGGUGGGCUAUGCAGCAAGGACCUGUGCACCCCAUUGUUGGGCUUAGAAAUUCGACUCAUUUAGAUGAUAAUUUAACAGCUUUGAGCUUUUCUUUAGAGCCUGCCGAAAUGGAUAAAAUUGAAGAAGUUCUGAGAACAAGCCAGGGACCUCGUGGGGACUGUUACGAAAUGGAGCGGAGUUGAUAGGUUUGAUUAAGACUUUAGACGAAGUAAAUGAACAGUACACCGAAAUCGUGUACUAAUUUCUCAAGUCUCACACGUACAUACUUAGAAAUUAUUCAAAGAGCAGCCAAUUGUAAAUCUUUGCCUUCGAAUCUCACUUCGAGCUAUGUAAGCCAUUGCCUCUAGAGAAAUACAUCAAUGGCAUCCUUCACUUCUUC